CACGGAGCUUCACCUUUUCCUCUUUUUAAUUAUUAUUAUUAUUUUAAUCAUUUUUUCUUUCCCCCCUCUGCUCUUCUUAAUUCACGCAGCUCCACAUCUCAAUUCAUUAUUGCUUUUAUUUUUUUAUCACUACCGUUUUUUAUGCCUUUCUCGCUCACGGAGGACACCCGGAGCUUCGCAUUCCUGCCUUGAAUAAUUCAGCGCAGGAGCGGAGCGGAGCCGGGGGGCAGCGCUCAGCACAGCGUGUACCUGCAGGAGGGCACACACGGAAAACCUGCCCUGAAUUAUUCAUUGGGCGUAAUCAAAUGGAGGAUUUUCCUAGACAAAAGCACGCCUGGCUCCGUUCAUAUUUAUUACGGUGCAGAGUACAUCCGAAAGCGUGUUGCGGUCGGGCUGUGUCAGAUAACCUUUUUAAUGCCUUUCUUAAUGUUUCUUAUUUACCUUUUGGGCUGUCAGUGAGGCGGAAGGGCUUGAUGGCAAAGCUAUGAAGCUGUUUCUUGAUGGGCUUCCCCAAAUAUUGGCUCACGUGUGUGCCCUGCUUCCCAUGGGUGGCGUUGGCAGGAGGACCGCUGAGGGCACGGCGAGUGCCUGAGGGCUAUUUAUAACCAGGGGAAGGCUGUGAAACCCUAAACCCUACCGUGGGAGAGGGUGAAAAUCAGCUGGGCUGAACCCUACGGGCUCCCCAUCACACCUCGGUAAAGAUGGCAGGAGUUAAAAUGGUUAAGUGGACGGCUGUGAUUGAGGACUGAUGGUGACUGAGGGCUGAUGGCUCCGCGCUGAUGUCUUUUUGUGAUGAUGUUGAGGUCGGGAGGUGCGAAUAACACCUGGAAAAGGGAGAAAAACCUCUGCCUGUGUUCAGCAUGCAGACCGUAGUGUUGGGUUUAAAAGCAGUACUGGGCCCUGUUGAAGGCUCAGCCCCUUUGCCCUGGGGUUGCAGGAUGCUCCCAAGGCAGGAAAAUCCAUACGUCGCACUGCUUGUUUUCUUGCUUUGCAGAAGGAACUUUGCUUUCAGUUCACGUGCAGAUUUGGGAUCCUUCCACCUUUUUGGGAUCCUCUCCAGCUGGAAAAUCAAAUUGCAAACGCCGCCGUUCUCCUGCAUUCCCUCAGGAGCUGCUUCCAGGAGAGAUUCCCUUUACGUGCCUCAUGCUUUGCUCCUUGCAAACACCCCAACACUUCCUCCCCGUGCCUCUGUGCAGCCCCCUUUACAACCAAGCCCUGUAGGAUUUUGGGUGCCCUCCUCUUCUGUCUGGGCUUCGCUUUCUGAAAUCCAAAUGACUCGAAAUAUUUACUGUUGAUACGUUGUCCAAGUGGAGGAUAGUUAAAACAUUAAUUCUUUGCAUUCCUGCGUAUUAAGGCUUUGCUCUGCAACUCGCCCAGUGCCAGAAAUGGGACUUAGCGGAUUCAUUCCCCUUUUUACCCCCCCUCCAGCUCCCCACCCCCACACCCCCUAAAAAAAAAAAAUAGCUUGGGAAAAGAAAAAAAGAAGGAAAAGAAAAGAAGGGAGACAGAGAGGAAAAGAAAGGAAUGCACAUCUGGGCUAAAUAUUUGUUAGAAAGUAUUCCCAGGAUAGUGGGAGUUCUGGUGCCAGAGAGGAAUUCCUGCGGGUUUGAUCCAUUGCAUUAUGUACUUGUUCCAAAAGCUGUUUUCAGUAAAAUAGAUGAGUAAGAAGUCUUAGCCAAGAACAGAAUGUCUUUUUUGGCAACUAAAAGGAAGAUAGGAUUAUUUUAUUUCAGGUUAUGUAAAAAAAGAGAGAGAGAGAAAGAGGGGGGGGGGGGGAGGGAGUAAAGGUGGUAAAAUCCUCCUGCGCUCUGAGCUGCUUGCAGAGAUUUCCACUGCCGAGCGCUGAUAUUUUCUGUUUUUCACGCUGCUGUGCACAUUUUUGUGACUUCUGUGGCAGGCACAGAUGCGGAUGGGAGUCUCAGGCUUGCGGCAUCGCCGCAGCUCAGCCAUCCCAGCCGUGGUUUCAACAGCGCUGCUCUCACGGCUUGGGUUCUGCUGCUGGAGCAAGCAAGGAGGGGAGGGCAUUGAUGGUGCCUGGAGGAGGGCACUGGUUGUGCUCUGUGCAUGGCACUGACUUUUUGCCCUGAUGGCUGAACCCCAUGAGGGUGGUGUUUAUAGGGGGCUGAUGGAUGUAGAGGUAUCUUGUCAAAAUAGAUGUAAAAAAUAGGACUGUCUAAAACACGGCUCCGUUUGCUGAGUGCUGGGACAGUGGCACCAUCCUGCUCGCUUCCCCAGGAAUUAUAGAAACUGGGGAAACCCCUUCAUUAGAAGAUGCUGGUUUGGUGUUUUUUGGCUGUAGGUAGAUGAAGUCCUGGUGCUGCCUAGGCUGGUGGCAGCUGGUCCUUGCCCAGCUCAUCCCUGCAGUCAGGAUUUGGGGUGGAGAGGUGAGCGUUUGUGCUUGGAAGGCUGGGUGGAUGGAUGGAACGUGGAAAGAGGUGGUGAACUGAUACAGGGAUGGGGUGAGCUUGGCCAAAAAGCCAUGUCACUGCCUGAGGGUUUCUCUGUGAUGCCCACUGGUGUCCCUGCAGGGUGGGAUGAAGCCAGAGUGACAGCAGUGCCCGCUCGACUCUCAUCUUAUGGAUCUUCUGCAUUGUCCUUUCAUUGGCUGGAAGGCAACAUCCUUCAGUAGGGAUAGAGGAGACGACCUUGCAGCAGCAAGUGGGUGCAUCCCAGAGCCACCUGUGUUUGUUUAUGUGGAGUUUUUUGGCCAUUCUAUGUGGACAAGGAGGUGCUUCGUUUUGGACUUGUUCAUUUUGGAAGUUUUUUCGUGCAUUUCUGGGCACUUAGAAGUGACUAUCAGCAGAAGGGGAGGUGGAAAAAGAAUUGAAAACCGUGAGAUUAGAGAGUUUGCAACAUUGUGUCUGCCAACACUUUGCAAGAGAAAAGGGAGGAGAGGGCUCAGCACUGGUGCUGGAUUGGACGUGCUGCCACAUCCACCUUCUCCACAUCAGCUUUGGGUCAAGGCCCCAACAACACAACCUCUGGCACAUGCAGCCCCAUGCAAUGAUUAACUUCUUCCAAGCCUGGAACUGCUCUGUCCAUCCAUCUUUAACCUUUCAGGGGACUUCUGGCUCCUGGAAGCUGUUGGUGAAAAUGAUUGAUAAGCAGUGGGGCUUUGCAGGCACCCACCAUUACAAGCACUAUUGUGAUAUUGAGCAUCCCAAAGUGGGGAGGUUCUGAAGCCUGUGCAGUUUCUGUGCUGUCUGCUCAGGGCUGUUAGGAGGAGGUUGGUUUGAAAGAUUUAAAUUCACUUCCAGACAUGCAAAAGAGGGUGAGAAAGUGAUACGGUUACGGUUACGAGGAGUAGGUUGUGCUGGUGGGAGGGUUUCACAAGAGGGCAUGAGGGCACUGCUUCCAUUAGCAUUAGGUUUGCUCUACCGCCAUGCUGCUCCAGGGACACUGGGUUGUGAAUGCUGGAGAUGGGCAGUCGGAGAGCGUGAAGGAAAUUUAGGAAUCUAGGCAAGCACAGAGCUCCUUUGUUUUUAAUUAGCUACGUUGUUUUUAAUUGCUACUAUGCUUGAUACAUAACCCAGCCUAAACAAGAAUAGCUUAUUGAAUGGGGGACUGACUAUGAAAGGCACCGUGAGGAGAAGGGCUGUUCUUCGCAGUUGAUAUAUUUGUAUUUCAGUGCUUCAUUUAAUAAGUCUGUUUCCCCAGGGGGCUGUAGCAAGUAAAUCAUGCCAGCAGAUUGUUCUCUGCAAACCGGCUUAUUUUUGUAAUUAGCAAGACACUCGAGCUGUAACUGCACAGAAAGCGAUCAGGGGGAAGGAGUUAACAUAAAAGAAUUAGUAAGCAAAAUGUAGUAAUUAUUGUUGGAUAACGUUUGCGUUGAUUGAAUGGGUUCCUGGGCAGUUGUGUUCUACCUCUAAAGGAGGAGAGGAAUUGCGGCUGCGUGCAGGGGAGGCAGAGAGGUGUGGUGGUGGGGUGAGCCUUUGGGGAGUCACACCUGUGUGGUUGCACUGAGCUUGUGUAGACUGUAAGUGGGCUGGUUUCCCUCUCUGAUGACGCUUUCCUCCCUUCUUUUGCAGGUAUAUGAACAAUACGGUGUCACCAUGAGCGGGGUGUUGAAAAGGAAGUAUGAAGAGCUGGGGGAUGACAGCACCUACUGCUCCUCCUCCUCCUGCUCCCCUCUGUCCUCCUCGGCAUCCUCAGGCUGGGACUCAGAUGAGGACAGCUCCCGUGGAGACAGCAAGCCCAGCUCUGCCAUAGCACCUGGCUUUACCCCCACGUCCAUCCUGAAGAAAUCCAAACGGCUAAAGAAGAACAAUGUGGAGUUUGACCGGGUCACUGUGUUCUACUUCCCACGCUGCCAGGGCUUCACGAGCGUGCCGAGCCGUGGGGGCUGCACGCUGGGGAUGGUGAGCAAACACAGCUCAUCCCGACAGUUCACAUUAGCAGAGUUUUCCAAGGAGCAAGAAAACGUUCGUCGGGAGAAACUGGAAGAGAAAUUGAAAGAGGAGAAGUUGGAAGCUUUGAAAUGGAAACUCACCAUGAAUGGCACAAAGGAAUCAGAGGAAGCCAACCAGCUCACUAUUGAAGACAUCUCCGACGAUGACAUCGACAUCAGCAACGUGGACCUGGAGGAUGGCUUCUUCCUCCAGCCCUACCCAGCCAAGAAGAGGCGUGCGCUGCUCAAAGCUGUUGGGGUGAAGAAGAUUGACAAGGAGGAGAAGCGGGAGCUGCACAGCAUCCGCCUGUCCCGGGAGGACUGUGGCUGUGACUGUCAGGAGGUCUGCGAUCCCGAGACCUGCAGCUGCAGCUUGGCAGGCAUUAAGUGCCAGAUGGACCACACUUCCUUCCCCUGUGGCUGUACCAAGGACGGCUGCGGCAACACGGAAGGCAGGAUUGAGUUCAACCAGGCCCGGGUGCAGACCCACUUCAUCCACACCAUCAUGAAGCUGGAACUGGAGAAGCAGCACCAGAGCAGUGAAGGGGUGGCAGAGGUUGAACCUCCCUUCCGGGAGCGGUUGCCUCAGCUGGGCUGCGCAGCGGCAAAGGGGCCCUUGGAGGAACGCACGGCACCGCUGGCCCCCACCUUCCAGUUCAGCCCUGAGUUGGAAGCCCUGGGGGAGAACAGCUGUAGCAGUGACAUGACGGACUCCUCUAUCUCCUCCCACCCCAGCGAGGACCUGGAGGAACCCUACGAGAGCCUCCCCUCUGACAAGUCCCAGUCGGACGUUGAUGAUGAUGGCUUGGCACGCAUCCUCCACUUCAACGAUUCAGAUGCCGAGGAGGAGGGAGACCACUGCCAGGACAACCUGAGCUGUUUCCACCCCGCCGACUUCUUUAUUGAGGACCAUGGCUGUGAGGCCAAGCCUGGCCCUGGGGCCUCAUCCCACCUCUCUGAGUGCCUGGACGAGAAUGCCAACCAGGACAGUGGUGGGCUGCUGGAGGAGGCCAUGCACUCGCGCUGUGAUGGGGUGUCAUGCUGCGCCCCAGCCCUGGCUGAGUCGUGUUCCAAGAGCUAUGCCGACCUCAGCCUUUCCUCUGACUCCUUGGAUUUCUUCCAGUCUUUCUCAGACUAUAACUUGGGACCCCUUUACAACUCCUUGAAGGAGUACGAGAACCUUGAUAACUUCUCAGCGUUACAGUUUCAGUUGCCUAAUUUCCCCGGUUUCCCGCAAGCUGGAGAUCAGGGCUCCUGUUUCUUGGAGUCUCUCAUUGGUUUAUCUGAAUCCGUCCCUGAAACCCCAGCCCCUUUCACAGACAAUCAGCUUUUGGAGGAUGCCAUCAAGUCAUCGCUGAUGGAAACGGUGAAGGUGUGAAGCGCCCGUCAGGCUGGGGAAUGCGAAGGACUGGCAGCGUUGUGGUGCUGAAACCAAAGCCGAACAACAGUGGGACGGGCAGACUUUCACUUGUGCUAUGUGAAAAGGGUAAAGGAAAAGAAUUAAUAAUAAUCAGACUUUCUGAGCAGACAAACUAUUUUUGGUCUUUAUAGAAUGUGGACGUUUUGACAUACUGCAGCUACAAUCAGUUCUCUUGCUGUUUGUGCAAAGAUUUCUAAACUUUCAUGAUGGGGUUGGGAGGGGGGUGAGGGGAGGGAGGGAUGAAGACUUUCAGAUAUGACUUUCCUUGUGUUUUGUAUGCAAAGACCUGUUGAGAAAUGCUCCUUGAGAAUGUUGCCAGUCGUACACAACAGCCCCUUCUAGAACCGUUUCGGUGUCGCGGGAACUUUUUAAGACAACUUUUGAAGCUGUAUUUAUUGUGAAAACUUGUGAUAUGCGUAAGAGCCAGACCAGCGCGCUCUUGAGUUUAAAUCGGAAAAGGUUUACAGAAGAGAUCCGUACACUAUAUACAUAAUCAUCCUUCAUCUAUUUAUUGCAAAUUCCAGAAUUUAACUAGCCACUGAAGCUUGAACUAGCAUGAAACCUUAUUUAAAUUGGUAAUACCUCAGAUGUAUUAUGUGCACAAUCAUAUUUUUUUUGCAUAAUAUAUCUGUAUUUAUUUAUUUUCUACCUGUAGUACGUGAAUAGCACUGUGGUUUGUCAAUGACCUGGAAGGGCAGUAAGGUCUCCAGCAGCACACAUCCUAAAGAUGACCUCAUUGUCUGAGUCUGGGAGGUGCUGGCUGUUUGGUCUUCACCUCACAUUGCUACAAGAGCUGAUGCAAGGUGGGUGGGAGGGAUGAGGGAGGUGUUCCUACAUCAUCCUCUGAUAGUGAACCAUCCUUUGUAGACGUGAUAGCACGUAGUCUGAUACCCAUGAUAGGGAGCAAAACAAGCAGAACCAUCCUCUGUUCAAGAAACAGGAGCUAGCUCUAUUUAACAAAAACCACCAAAAUCUUUCCGUAAAUUAUUUUCUAAUUUAUUGAAUUUCCUAAGGAUUUGGCCAUGAGAUCUUUUGUGAUCACUUAUGGUGCCUGAAUAUGCAGAGGAACUGCCAGUGAGGGAGAAAGCCAGGGUAACCUUUGCAUCCCAUGGGGCUUUGGAGAACAAAGUGAAGGGCAGCAGCACCCUUAGGACUCCCAGAUAUCGAGGGUAUGGCAGCUCCAGAAACUUGUGGGCCAGACUGUUUAUACUCUUUUUUUUUUUUUCUUUUUAACAGAUAAAUUGGAUAAAUCAAGGAAAGGAGAUGAAUAUGAAGGUUGUUGCAUUAUUUAUUGAGUACGUUUGCAGAGGGGAGGGAAAAAAAAGAGAAAUGGUUGUGCUUAGGAGGGAGGAUAGAAGCCUACUUAGCUUCUUGUUGUUUGAAUCAGCCUGAGAACAUGACACUAUUUGGCCAUGCCAUGUAACUGGACCCAAAUCUGCAUGCCAGUGAUACGCUAAGUGCCUACGCCAGCAGCAUGAGCGUCUGGUUAUCUCGCUGAAAACCCACAGCUGUACAUUGAACCCCCCCUCACCCAAUUGGGGGGAAUCAUCCUAAAAUGUGGGUGUGGGGACCUUUCCCUUAGCUGAACCCUUGAUGUCCCUACCAGCAGGGAUGGGGCUGUUUGGGACCUGCCACUUGAUAGACAAGUAGUCUUGCCACGGCACCACGGCACCCUGCCAGCAAUUCAGAAAGCUUUUGGCGUAUGAGUAGUGUGAAGGCUGGUUGUUUUUGUUUUGUUUUGUUUUUAAAUUAUUGUUAUUAAUUAUUAUUAUUAUUAUUAUUUAAUUGUACGUCUUCUCUGGUAUUGAGCCGGUCAACCUUGAAGCAGAGCCAACCCGCCAUGUCCUCCCACGAGGCAUCACCCUGGGGCCAUCCCCAUGGGCAGGAGGGCGACUGUAGGAAUACUACUGGCAGAUGGAGGAUUUCCUGGAUAUCUUUCUAUCUUUCUGUCUUUCUAUCUGUUAUUUUUUGUUGUCGCCGUUGUUUCUUUUGACUGAAAAUCCCCUUUGAUUACCUUCUGGUGGUAGUUUGCUAUCCUUCAGACUGCAUCAAAAAUACUGACUUUUGGAAGUCUGGUACCGUUCUGUAUUUAUUGGCACUAAUAUAUUAUAUAACAUUCCUCGGUUUCUCUGCAUAUAUAUGUAUAUAUUUAUAUAUAUAAAAUAUACGCAUAUAUUUUAUAUAUAUAUAUACACAACACGUUUUGUAAUGAAUGACGGGGAUUGACUCCUGCCUUUGUGGAUUUUUUUUUUCUAUAAUUUAUUCAUUUUAUUUGUGUUGGUGCCAAAAAAGACUUUUUUUUUCCCUCUCUUUUUUUCUUUUCAAGGCACUGAAUUGUAAAUAUAUAAUUUUGUUUUGUUUUUUUUUCCUUCUCAUUAUCUAUGUAAAAAGUUGCCUGUUCAAAACAGUUUUAAAACUGGCUAUUUAUUGACACGAUCUGUAAUUAUCUAAUGUAUUGAUUGAAACGCUUUGGUUUCAACAUAGCUUUAUUUUAGCUUUCUUUGUGUAUAUAUUGUGAUUAUGUUGCUUGAGGGUACAAGUUAAAACAAACAAAAAAAAAUGCUUUAUUUUUACCUUAUCCAUUUGCAUUUGUUUAAAAAAAAAGAAAAGGAAAAAAAAAGCAUAUUUGUCUACAGCUGCUGUUCUCUCAUUUCAUCAAAGCAAUAUGAAGAAAUUUCCAUUACACUUUCAAUAAAAUCAUUUUGUUUGAA